AUGUGGUCCCAGGGCGCUUCGGGGAGUGGGAGCCUCGUGUUGGUCGCUGCCCUGUUCUCUGCACUGGUGCUGGCUCCGACCCUGGCCAUCCACGUUUACACACACCGGGAGGUCCAUGGCACGGUGGGAUCACAGGUCACCCUCGCCUGCAGCUUCUGGUCCAGCGAGUGGAUCUCUGAAGAUGUCUCCAUCACCUGGCUGUUCCAGCCAGAGAGCGGCAAGGACACCAUCUCAAUAUUCCACUUUGUGAAGGGGCAGCCCUAUCUCAGUGAAGUGGGCGCCUUCAAGAAUCGCAUGGAGUGGGUGGGGGACCCACACCGCAAGGACGGCUCCAUCAUCAUCCGCAACCUGGACUACACCGACAACGGCACCUUCACCUGCGACGUCAAGAACCCACCCGACAUUGGCGGCAAGUCGUCUCAGGUCACCCUCUAUGUCUUCGAGAAAGUACCCAUCAGGUACGGUGUGGUCUUGGGGGCCGUCAUCGGAGGAGUGCUGGGGUUGGUCAUCCUCGUGGUGGUGAUAGGCUAUCUCAUCAGGUAUUGCUGGCUAAGGAGGCAGGCAACGCUGCAGAGGCAACUCAGUGCUAUGGAGAAAGGCAAACUGCACCGGUCAGCCAAGGAUUCAUCAAAACGAGGCCGCCAGCCCCCUGUCCUGUACGCCAUGCUGGACCAUAGCCGGAGCACCAAGUCGGCCAGUGAGAAGAAAUCCAAGGGCGGCCUGGGCGAGUCCCGCAAGGAUAAGAAAUAG